GUUUACAUCCAAAUGUAAAACCAAUUCUUCCAAAAGGUUCAACAAUUUACCAUGUUAGUAAAGAAUUUGGAACGGCUACGAUGGAUGGAUUAGGACAUAAUGUUAGCGAAAAUCUUGAUACCCUCAGCGUUAAUCCACCACAAUUACGAAAAAUUUGGGUUUAUCUAUUUGGACCCGCCACAAAUCAUCCACCUUUUGAUCUGGCUUUUCAAUAUUCGGAAACACCACUUUUUGCCAGACUUGAUAAUAGAGUAGUAGACGUUGUGCAUCUUCAUGGAGCAACGAAUGCAUUUGUGAUAGAUUUUCUCAAAGAAUUAUAUAAUGAAGAUCAGUAUAGCAAACCAUCACCUCCAAUC